AUGACCCAGCGAUCUUCUGUGACCAUCAAGUCCGGGGGCACAAGGAACUUCAGCGCGGCCUCGGCCAGCCUCCUCCCAGCCUGCCGGCCUGGCUUCAGCUCUUUCUCAGUGUCCCAGAGUGGGAAGAGUUUGGGUGGUGGUUUUGGAACCAGAAGCCUCCAUAGCUUCGGGGGUAGCAAGAGAAUCUCUGGCUACCGUUCUAGCCGGGCCAGUUUUGGAGGUGCCGCCUGUGGGCUGGGUAUUGGCAGCAUGGGGUACAGAGUUGGGGGUGCCUUCGGUGGGUAUGGAUUUGGGGGUGGGAUGGCGCCUGGAGCUGGGGGCAUCCAUGAAGUCACCGUCAACCAGAGCUUGCUGACCCCCCUGCACCUGGAAAUUGACCCUUCUCUCCAGCGGGUGCGCAAGGAAGAGAGAGAGCAGAUCAAGACCCUCAACAACAAGUUCGCCUCCUUUAUUGACAAGGUACGGUUCCUAGAGCAGCAGAACAAAGUGCUGGAGACCAAAUGGAGCCUCCUGCAAGAAUACAAAACCACCCGGACCAACCUCGAGCCCAUGUUUGAAGCCUACAUCACCAACCUGAGGCGGCAGCUGGACUGCCUGGGAGGAGAGCGGGGCAGGCUGGAGACAGAGCUGAAGAGCAUGCAGGAUGUGGUGGAGGACUUCAAAAACAAGUAUGAAGAGGAGAUCCACAAGCGCACAGCGGCCGAGAACGAGUUCGUGGUGCUCAAGAAGGAUGUGGAUGCUGCCUACAUGAACAAAGUGGAGCUGGAGGCCAAGAUGGAUGCCUUGAUGGAUGAGAUCAACUUCCUAAGAGCCUUCUAUGAGGCGGAGCUGGCUCAGCUUCAUGCUCAGAUCUCCGAGACGUCCGUGGUGCUGUCCAUGGACAACAACCGCAGCCUGGACCUGGACAGCAUCAUCGCUGAGGUCAAGGCGCAGUACGAGGACAUUGCCAACCGCAGCCGGGCAGAGGCAGAGUCUUGGUACCAGACUAAGUAUGAGGAACUGCAGCGGUCCGCUGGGCGUCAUGGGGAUGACCUCCGAACCACUAAGAUGGAGAUCUCCGAGCUGAAUAGAGCCAUGCAGAGGCUCCGUUCAGAGAUUGACAACCUGAAGAAGCAGUGCGCCAGCCUCCAGGCCUCCAUCGCCGACGCUGAGCAGCGUGGGGAGCUGGCCCUCAAGGAUGCCAAGAACAAGCUGGCCGAGCUGGAGGAGGCCCUGCAGAAGGCCAAGCAGGACAUGGCCCGGCAGCUGAGGGAGUACCAGGAGCUCAUGAAUGUCAAGCUGGCCCUGGACAUUGAGAUUGCCACCUACAGGAAGCUGCUGGAGGGCGAGGAGUGCAGGCUGACUGGAGAAGGUGUCGGGGCCGUGAACAUCUCUGUGGUGUCUUCGUCGGGGGGCACAGGCUACAGUGGGGGCGGCGGCCUCUGCAUGGGAGGGGGCACAGGCUACAGCGGGGGCGGCGGCCUCUGCAUGGGAGGGGGCGGCUACAGCGGGGGCAGCCUCAGCUACAGCUCGGCCAGCGGUCGCAGCGUGAGCGGCAGCAGCUCCAGCAUGCGCAUCGUCUCCAAGACUUCCUCCAGCAAAAAGAGCUACCGGAGUUAAGGCGUUGCCAUCCUUGGAGCCACCCGCCACCCCCAGACCUCUCUCUCCCUAGCACCAAACCUAUUUCUUAGCUGACACCCAUGCCCACAAUCCCCAGCAAGAGGCACUCCAACCCGCAAGUGGACUGCAAGUUUCAAGGUCACCUUGUCCAUCCCCAUGCCUCCAGGCAGGUCCUCAGAGAGACAACCUCACCCAUUCCUCAUCUCAGAUCACUACAGGGUCCAUUCUUACCCACACUGACUCAACUGCUCUGAGCCAAGACCUGGGCUAAGACUUUGCCCAUAAGCGGUAGGGGUGCAUUGGGGGGGGGGUCUUUCUCCAUCUUUCUGACCCCUGCAACCAUAAGAAAUGCUUCCUGCUCAGUCCUUUGUGGAGACCUUGGUGCUCCAAGGAGUGCAGCCAAGUGCAGUCUAGGUAAAAGUGUGUGUGUGUGCGUGUGUGUGUGUCUUGCCUUUUCUCUCCUUUCUUGUCCUUACCUGGGCCCCAGCUAAUUUUCCCCUGACAA